AUGGCGUGGCGGGCGAUUCGUCGGGGUGGGGCGACGACGACGACGCGUGGGUCGUUCUCUGGCGCGCUCGCGACCGAGGGGCGGGGUGGGAGUGAGAAACACGGAAGUGGGUGGACGCGGGACGCGGUGGAGCGGGGGGAGACGGACGCGGCGCACGUGGAGGCGCUCGUGGCGUCGAAACGCGGACGGUGGUUGGCGCUCGAACGCGGAGAGAACGAUGGGUGGGCGCGCGGGGCGGAUGUGGAACGACGCGCGCGGGAGUGGUACGAUGAUGAUGAUGCGGAACGAACGCGCGGGAGCGAUGGGGGAUCGGUGGGGGGGUCGGAUGAUGGGGAGACGGAUGACGGCGACGCGCGGCGACGGGCGGAGCGCGAGACGUCGACGUCGGACGUCGCGACGGAUGGGUCGUUGAUGCAGCUCUACGACGGUGGAAUGCGAGGGAUGCCGCCGAUGCCGGGUUCGUUGGCGCUCCCGAGGACGCCCGCGAGCGCGCUCGCGCGUGAAGGGGCGACCCCGGCGGUGUCCGCGACGGCGGCGGCGCGGGAGGCGCGCACGGUGCGGUUCACGCUUCAGGUGUCCGACAUCUCAUUCGAGGUCGGGGCGCUGGAGACGAUCGAGGGAACGAUGGCGCUGUACGAUUUGCAGGCGCGAGUCAAGCUGAGUGAAAAUUUUCUAUUCUCUUGGCCGAACGCGAAAAACGCCAAGCAAACGGCGGCGUUCACGAUCCCCGCCGAGUCCGUCUCACCAAACAUACGACUCAUCGCACACCUCACGCACCUCGUACCGGACGAGGGUGGGAUCGAGGAUAAGGUGUACACGCAUAAGGAUCUGCGUAAGGCGAAGGCGCACGCGGACAAAGAGCGUCAACGCGUGCUCGGCAUCGAAGUCCUUCGUCAGCAAGCGGCGCAGACAAGUAAACCACCUCGAUCGGUGACUUCAGUGCAUUCAUCAGAGGGCAGUUCGCAGCUUGCCGCAAACGAGGUGGAGAACACGACGCUGUCAAAAAGACGGAAUACGCUUGCGUGGGCAGUUUUGCCAAUUUUUGACGCGCGCGCCGGCGGCGCCAUCGGCGCCUCUUCACUGCUCGAGGAAACGAGUUGUACCGAGAUGUAUAGAGUGAAGGAGAAUUACAAUGAAAUGUCUCUACUGGAUGCGGCGCUGUCGUCCGGUACGAAUCACUCGUUGAAAUCACACAAACCGAUUCGAUGCAAGAUGCAGUGUCUCUUGAGUCCGCUGAAAAUGUCAUCUCCCGGCGUGGAGAUGACAAACGGCGCCGCGACGAACGGGUCCACUAACGCCGCUGGUGUCACGUUCGUUAAAGAGCUUGUUUCGUUCACGCAUAACACGGCGCUGGACUGGGAGAUGGCGUGGGGAGGAGCCGUCGACGACGGCUUGUCGCGCGACCUGUACGUCUACGUGAAAAUAUUGGACAUCGGCAAGCGUCAAGAUCUUCGCGUGCGCGUGCAGCUCAGAGAUGACGACCUGGAUAUCGACGGUAAGGGCUUACUCGCGUUUCCGUCGCCGUGUGGCCGAGGUCUCUGUCGGGAAAGCUGGACCACCAUGAGUCGUCUGCGAGCAAAGGGUGGAGUUUUCCAUCACGAGGCGCGUGUGCGAUUACCAGUACGACUAAAUCCUUCGCAUCACAUUGUGUUGAGUAUUUACGGCGCACAGAGCGCCACGACUGGUAUAUUCGGUACGAAUGCUGGUCAAGAGGAGUUGCUCGGUCAUUCAGUCAUAAAACUUUGCGACCAACCUGAAACGUUGGCGGCAAACAUUGCGAACGCGGCGACUCCCAGCGGAGGCGACAUGAGUCUUGUCGCCGUUCGUGAGCUUUUACCAAAAUAUUUGCAGUCGAAUGUCCGGGCGCACAUGCCUUACUGGGAGGACCGAAAAGAGUGCGUACACGUGCGCCUUCGGCUCGCGUCUACGAUGCACACAGGAGAUGUCCAUGUUGGCGCUCUCUUCUCCGCGUGCGCAGCGUGGGGCGAUACUCAAACGCCCGAGACAGAGGAUAAAUUGCGAGUUGCCGUGAGCGAACUUUCACUCGCGAAGGACAGAGCGUUAAUUCAACACUUGCCAGCCAUACUGAAUCUUCUGGUUAGCUUGGCGCUUAGAGUGGCCGAUCCCGAGCCCGAGGAGCAAGAGGAGCAACUCAGCUCGCGUCUGAGUCGGGAUUCGCGUCGAGGAGCAGAUGACGACGACAUGGUGUCGCUUCAAUCCGGACUGAGUGACGAUCUAGGUGGAAGCGUUGAUUUGGGCAAGUACAACAUGGAUUCAGCCCUUCCGAAGAAUGAUUUACUGGACGAAACACGGGACAUGGGCACGUUGGCUUUUCACACUCUGGUGCGCAUUGUCGCUCAAGUCCAACGCAUCGAUCCAGGUCCGAAACCGGCAGUCAAUGGUGUGGUGAGUCAUAGUCCACCUCUGGAAGCGUACGUGACGCUAGCCUUUGGUUCCCUCGAGCGUUCAUCUAGCAAACAUUUGUCCAAGCUGCAACUGGCUGGCACCUCGCGAGGAGCGGGGACACCAAUCCACACGAUUCUUGCGAGACGUUACUCGGCUGUGUUGGCGGCGACGAGAGAGUCCUACAUUCCAUACGAGGAAGCCUUGUCGAUGUCUUGGUUCUUUCUAGGUAUGAUUCAUAGAGCUGUCGCGCUCGAGCGUGCGCAGUCUCCGAGCAACGCAAUUUCCGUCGAAAACGAUGAAUUAGCCUUAACGCAGAUCAUUGACAUUUUAUCGAGUGAAGUGAAGACGCGAGGUGAGCAAAAUGCACCCCAGAAUCCGGAUCUCGAAAAGGCAAGAAAUUUGAACUGCGGGAUAGCCAUGUUCUUAUCGUUGCUCUUUGCCAUUCCUGGGAUAAAAAAACAACCCAGCGCGAGCAAUGGAAGUACAAUUCUUCUCGGCCGCGCUGGUCCUCUCGCAUCGCUGGCGACUCGGCUGGCCUCGAUGCACAUUAAGAAUCUCAGCGCGAGUGAGGGUAACUCCGUGCACACCGCUUUGCUCCGAGAAUUUUACGACACGCUCUGCUCCUCACCAGUUAUCUUGGACAUCAUCACUGCAUCGGCCGUGAACAAUGGCAAGAACGGAUGGAGUCCAGAGGACGGGAAGUUCGGAGCUGGCGAUGGUCUCAUCGAUGCUUUCACUGACGCGAUGCGUCUGAAUUUGUGCACGACUGACGUGAGUCGUCCGAAAAGUAACUUGAGAGCGGCGUGUGCUGCACGCAUUAUCGCAGCCGCACUCACAAGGCAUGCGUGGGAUCGCUCAUGGCAGUCCGCCGGAGCGAGACGAUCCAUCGCGGCGGCGUACGCGCCGAUUCUGCGACUUCUCAUAAACAACCGUCAAACCAUCGAAGAAUUACCACUCGUAGCGCGAAGAGAUGCUCUUGUUAGCGUACUCAUGCUAGCUCGAGACGCCGACACUGCCAAGAUGUGGGACUGGCUUCGUGCAGACGCUUCUCGCAUGAAAAACUUUGUGAGCAUCCUUUCUAUGGCCGCCAAGGACUUUGCAUACGAGCGCGAUGAGAGCGAUACGUGGUCACCAAGCGGACCAGUCUCUCUAGCUCAAGGCGUAAUGCAUGCGGACUUAGAUGGAAGAUCGCAGGCCGGCCAUCUCAACACGUGUGUGUACAAAAUUAUCCUUCGAAUCAUUCGCGAAUGGCAAGAGUGCAGUAGUCCAAACUCAAAAUGGGGUGUCAUUCGAGUCGCUCGAGCAAUGGGUGUCAUGCGGAGUAAGGUUCAAAAUCCGAAUAAGACGGUACGCAUUCAAGGAUUGAGUACCAAGUCGUCACCUUCGUCAAUUUCUUUAGAUGACUCCACGAGAGAAGAAUCAGAUGAAGACGUUGACGAAUUUGAGUCGUUCAACGCUUUGGAAGGAUUUCUCGGAGUGAUGCUCGCCAUCUUAUCGAGACCGCAGAGCGUAUCCUCGUGGCAAAUGGCAGCUCCCAUUUUGAAUGCGCUCAUUCGAGAGCACAGAAAAGUGCUCAUGGCGUCUUUGCAUCCUCGGAAAGAGCAAGACCCGGUGGAAGAGUAUCCGCCAAAGCCUGCCGAUGCGCCUGGCAUUACGCCGUAUGCGUUCUUGCAAGGGGCUGCCAUCGCCGUAUUCAAGGCGGCAGCUCGUCCCCCACCGGUUCGAGAGCUCGCGGUUGCUAGCUUACGCACGAUGUUAGAGGCGGCAGUGGAUGUGUUUGGAACGAGUGAGCAGCUGUGUCCCACGCUCAUUUAUGCGAUGCACGCCGCGUUUUUCCCGCUCCGUCCUAUUUCGUGCCAGGAAGGCUUGUCUCUUUCGUUGCAGACCCUGAAGUCUGGAACCGAGGUGAGCCCGACCGGUUGGAAUAACUCGGUCAAAGGCACACUUGGCACGCUGGACCGCGCGGAAGAGUGCAUUCGGCGUCUUGCGGAUGCGACAAUAAACCCACGAAGCACGCUCAACGUCCCACGUGCGGCGGAGCUUGAGGCAGAGCUCGCACUCGCUCUCAAGUCGUCCCCAGCUGCUCACGUGAAGGUCCUGUGCUCUCUAUCUAGCAGACUUGCCAGCGCGGAACACUGGGUCGAGGCGGCCGAAGCGUCGACUGCGGCUGGCAUUAUCGCGAUGCAAGCAUUUUCAAUCGCGGCGCCAACGCAGUGCGUGUGGUUUGACCAUGACGUGCAAUCUUUGCGAGAUUCUUUCUUUGCACUGACGGAGGAAACUUCACCGGUUCCCGCGGUGGCGGGAAUUCGCUGCGGUACUGAGGAAAUCAACGAAGAAGCGAUUUUGUCCCAUCUCUCGAGAGGUGUGGAGUUGUUCACAAGGGGCAGCCACCUCGAAGCGGCUUUGAGAGUCAACGAAACGGCUCAAAUUUCGUGGGAGACACACAGACAGUUUGGUUCGUUGAGCGAAUCACACGCGAUGAUGGCCGAACUUUUCAAACGUUUGGAGGCUACGUCCGGUGUCGGUGAUCCUAAGAGAUUCGAGUGGGACAUGCGAGGAAAGCCACCUCCUGAACCAGCAACGUUUUGGCGCGUGCGCUUACUCGGUGAUCUGUGGGAUGAUAUGCAAGACUCUGAAUGGAUCUACCGCGAAUGCAACGAUCGCACGUUGGGAGAGAUGAAUAAAAAAAUUAUCUCACAGUUAUCGAGCUAUCUACCGAGUAGGGCGCAGAUCAAGGUUCUGUCCACAACCUCAGACACUUCGAUGGACGAAGGAUGCGCAGGCGUGCAGAUAACUGCAGUGCAAAGACGAGCCAUCCCUCUUGCCCAGAAUGCCAUCGGAGGAGGAGUUGGCGGCAUGGCAUUUUCCGGCUGCUCCACGUUCACGUUCGACACUCCCGUUUUGUUCACUGAGGAUGGAGAGAUGAGACCAUCGCAAGUCCCCAUUUCUGCAUCGCUUCGGUAUCAAGGACGGAGACGCACCACCAUCACAGUUAAAGGUCGAUUUCCCGGUCUUCUCCCUCGCUUGCGCGUGCUCGACUCCAAAGUAGAAGAAAUGAAUCCAUGCCAAAGUGCGAUUCAGAUGCUCGAAGAGCAGACGGUCGCUCUUUUAGCGGCGGCGAAUGCGCGCAAGCCACAGGCUGAGCUCCUGCAGCGUUUGUUACAAGGUUCGCUUGCGGCUGGCGUGAAUGGAGGAGUACCCUCUUUGAUCAACUCAUUCUUCGAAACCGAGUUACCAAGUGCGAUAGUGAGAAGCAACCAAGUCACCGCGGCGCAGUUCUUGACGCCGACGCGUACCAUCAGUUUACUUCCCGAGCCGCAAACGCCUGAGUCGCGCAGCACAAUGCCUCGCACUCCCAUUUCACUGCACAAGAGAGUUUUGAGCGAAACCGCGGUCCCGAUGGGUAUGGGAAUCCCGCUCGAUACCCCAACGAGCGCUUCAUAUCCGUCACCGUCCACGUCAUCACUGUCGCCGAAUAUGAAGGCACCGCCACCAUCUCCGGCGUCUGUGGCAAUGACGACACCGAUUUCAGCAGUGACAGUAUCGCCUGGUACUCCGGCGCCAUCUUUGUCGCGCGCAGACAGCGUUCAACUCGUUCGUUCGCUCUGGAAACUUUAUCGAGCAUGCUGUAAGGUUCUCGACACGCACAGGGCACUCGAUCAACCGGAAAGUUUGGAGCAGCUUUUCGUGACGGCGAUUCAGGAUUUGCGCGUAAGCAUUGAAGCGGUCGAGUCUGACAUCGACUUUCAACAGGAUGACGUCGCGACGCCGGCCAUCUCUACAUAG